AUGGCCCGCGGCGGGCGCUUUUGGGAGCGCCUAGGCCCGCGGAUCCAUGCCCGCAGCUUGGGCACAACAAGGGGGGCGUCUGUCCACAAAUAUCCGGCUUCUGGCCACAAAAACCCGGCGUCUGGCCACAAAAACCCGGCCGGCCACAAAACCCCGGCGCUCGGGCCCUGGUCACCGUACGUCGUCGACGAGUACUACUACGCAUCCGUGGCGCAGCGAAGCAUCCGCGCCGUGGCCGUGUUGUCCCUCGUGGCCUACAAGUACGCGCGCAGUGACGCCGCCAGCAUGGAGCAGCUCCACGAGGAGUGUGCGGAGCUCAUUUUCGGGAUGAUUGCGCGCAACAAGGGCCUCUACGUGAAGUUGGGCCAGGCCAUUGCCAACCAGGGGGCGCUCUUCCCCGCCGCGUACCAGGCGCGGUUCGCGCGGCUCUACGACGGCGCGCCGGCGGACCCGUGGGAGGCCACGGACGCCACGUUGCGCCGGGCCUGGGGCCCGCACUACCAGACCCAGCUCUUCGAGCACUUUGAGCGGCAGCCCAUGGCCUCGGCGCUGAUCGCCCAGGUGCACCGCGCGCGGCUCAAGCACGGCGGCGCCGCCGUGGCCGUCAAGGUGCAGCACCCGUAUAUCUCGCGGCAGAUCCACGCGGACUUGGCCGUGUACCGGCUCAUGGCACGCGUGUACUCGCGCGUGUUCGGCUUGCCGUUGGACUUCGCCGCGCAGUACGUCUCGGACCAGCUCGCCACGGAGGCGGACUUCACGCACGAGUGCCGCAACUCGCAGCGGCUCGCGGCGUGCAUCGCGGCGGACGCGUCGGCCCGCAGCUUGGCCGUGCACGUGCCCGACAGCUACCCGCAGUACGCGGCCCGCCAGGUGCUAGUCACGGAGUGGAUCGACGGGAUCCCGCUCACGGACCGGCGGCGCUUGGUGGCGGCCCGCGUGUGCUUGCGCCGGCUCAUGACGCAGUACCUCUCCAUCUUCGCCAAGCAGAUCUUCGACUACGGCUUCGUGCACUCGGACCCGCACCCCGGCAACAUCUUGGUGCGCCUCCGCCACGGCACGCAGCAGAUGGUGAUCUUGGACCACGGCUUGUACAUCGAGCUCGCGCCGCGGUUCCAGGCGCAGUACGGCUCGUUGUGGCGCAGCGUGCUCGCGCUCGACCGCCUGCAACUCGCGGCCUUGGCCGACGCCUGGGGCAUCGGCUCGCCGGACCUCUUGCAGGCCAUCGUGCAGUUGAGGCCGCCCGCGGCGGUCCGCGCCGAGAACGCGCCGUCGUCCGCGGACCUCCUCCGCAUGCUCCUCGCGGACAGGGCCAAGUUCCCGCCGGACUUGCUCUUCUUGCUGCGCACCAUGCGCAUGAUGCAGAACCUCAACCAGAGCAUGGGCAGCCCGGUCAACCGCAUCAACUUGCUCACCGAGGUGUCGCUCCAGUCGCAUCUCCGCAGCCACGCCUCGUGGGCCGACGUGUGGCGGUAUGCCACGGUGCGCGUCUCGCUCGUCGUCAGCAACUUGGUGUUCUGGCUUUUCCGCGCCAGGCAGAUCUUGCUAGGCGACCGCUACGGCGACCGCGGCGAGGGGCUCGAGGACUACAUCGACAAGUACAUGAAGGAGAGUGCGCGAGCCAUCGGCAUCCACUUUGGCGACGCGGCCUGA